AUGCCUCAAAUGGGUGGUUAUUUGUCUGGUAAUUUCUCACGAGCACCAUCUAUGAAUGAAAUGUCAUCAAUCAGUGAGAAUUUACGUCUAGUUAAUCAACUAAAUUAUAAUUCAAAUGAAAAACUACCAUACAAUCAUUUACAAUUGCCAAAUAAUAACUCGUAUGAACAUUAUUAUCCAUUUAAUGUAUCCUAUCAAAAACCUAUUUAUUCUUCGAGAAAUAAUUUAUCAACAACAACCUCAACCGAUAAUGUUACACCAUUGUCACUACCAACAUCCUCUCGUGAUCUAUUUCAAAUAGUCAAUACUAAUACUAAUGAUAAUAAUGGAUAUGUACAACGAAAAUAUGAACAUCAGUCAACAUCCGAAUUGAAUAAUCUCUAUCGUCGACACACUGAAAAUAAUCUAACGUUGACGCCAAAUAAGAAAGCGUAUUAUAAUCAUAGACCUCCUUUUGUAAAUGAAUCAAUUCCACAUUGGGCAUCAAUGCAUCCUUGGCCUCUAAACAAUAAUCCUGUUAAUAAUAAUAAUAAUAAUAAUUCUAAUACAGAAAAACGUUCAUCAUUGCCACAUAGUCUCAGUUAUGGUGAUUUUUCGUUAAAUGGAUUUUAUUUUCCUCAAUCACGGUUUAUUGGUUCACCGUUUCAUACACAGUCAUUUUCGUCGAUAAAACCAUCUAGCACAGCUACAUCAGCACCUUUGCAUAAUUCGUCUGUGCUACAACCUAAUCUUUUAGCUAAUAAUCAACAAUCACGUUUUAUAUCGCAAUCAACAUCUCAAAUGUCUUCUAAUAAUGAACUUCCAAUAUUCUUUCAACCAAUGUUUAAUAAUAGUAAUUUAUGCGGUCCAACAACUAACUCAGUUAUUAGUAAUCAUGCUCAAUUAUCGACUGAUACGUCCCAUUUUACUUCUCGUCCGUCUGAUUUUUCUAUAAAAAUAAAGAAUAAAACAAAACAACGUAUCACACAACGUAUUACACAAGAAAUUUUAAAUUUAAAACAAAAAUGUCCAACAAUUUUCGCAUGGGAGAUUCAGCAACAAUUGUUACAAAAUGGUAUUUGUAAACCACAAAAUUUACCUAGUGCAAAUACAAUUCAUCGUGUUUUGAGAAAUUCAAUAAAUAUUGAUUCGAUCAUGCGUUUAAAUAGUGAUCCUAUCGAUACAAAACCAAAUAUUACAACAGUUAUGCAGGCGUUACUGGAUAAUUUUAAUCCAAUGAACUCGAGCGUACCAACGUCAACAUUUAUUUCAAGUACCAUAGAUUCUUUAGGCAAUUCUCAUAGUGAAUCAUCAUCAAGAAAUACAAAUAAUUCUAUGGCAAUCUCAAACAUUAACCCGGUAUCAUCAUCAUCAUCUCAAACAAAUAAUUUAAUUAGUACCUCACCAUUGACUAUUUAUCUUUCACCGUCUCCAUCUCCGUCUGUUCAUGCGAUUAGCGAUUCCGAUACAUCUAUAUCCGAUCCUGACACCGAAUGUUCGAUUUGUUUAUGUUCAUAUAAGAAUGGUCAAGAAAUUCAUAUUCUAUCUUGUACUCAUGAAUUUCAUUCGAACUGUUUAAAACAAUGGAUUAAAAAAAAUAAUUCAUGUCCCAUUUGUCGUAGAGAUAUUACAGAUCAAUCAGAAUUUAUUACCAUUCUCAUUUAG